UUCCCGCCGAAACGAAGUUUCGAAUUUAGAAAGACGAACGUGAAUAGAAAAAUAUUUUAUAUUUUUUCUGCUUUUGAAACUAACGUGCCAGUGUUCGUAGUGCGUUCUUUUUUUUUUAUUCGUGUGCACAGUGAAUGAUGUGAAAAACAUUUGUGGCUCAUGAUAUAUAUUGACAUUUAGUACGGAGGAUGGGAAUUUUCGAUUAUAAGUUCAUAGGAAAGCUUUUUAAAAUGGAAUCCACAAUAUGGCUGACUCUGCUAUUGGCAGUGAUAGCAACAACGCCAGUAUCAUCAAACGAACCGCGAGUGGUGUGUUACUACACGAACUGGUCGGUGUAUCGGCCCGGUACGGCCAAGUUCAACCCACAGAACAUCAAUCCGUACCUGUGCACGCAUCUUAUAUACGCCUUCGGGGGCUUCACGAAGGAUAACACGUUGAAGCCAUUCGACAAAUACCAGGACAUCGAGAAAGGUGGUUAUGCCAAGUUCACCGGACUAAAGACGUACAACAAGAAUCUGAAAACACUCCUAGCCAUAGGCGGAUGGAACGAGGGUUCUUCCAGAUUCUCCCCUAUGGUAGCGUCCAAGGAGAGAAGGAAAGAGUUCGUCAGAAACGCUAUUAAGUUCCUCAGACAAAACCGGUUCGAUGGUCUCGACUUGGACUGGGAGUACCCUGCCUUCCGCGACGGCAGCAAGCCCAAAGACCGGGAGAACUACUCGAGGCUGGUGCGAGAGCUACGUGAGGAGUUCGAAAGAGAAUCUGAGAAGACCGGAAAACCAAGGUUGCUGCUGACCAUGGCAGUGCCAGCUGGCAUCGAAUACAUCCAGAAGGGUUAUGAUGUUAAAACUUUGAACAGACAUUUGGAUUGGAUGAACCUACUAUCUUAUGAUUACCACUCCGCUUUCGAGCCGGCGGUCAACCACCACGCACCCCUCUACCCUCUCGAGGAGCCAAACGAAUACAGCGUCGACACAGAACUUAACAUUGACUACACGAUAAAAUUCUACUUGGAAAACGGAGCAGACCGCAAUAAGCUUGUGCUCGGUAUCCCCACUUACGGACGUUCGUACACGCUGUUCAACACUGAAGCUGUGGAAAUAGGCUCGCCUGCAGACGGUCCCGGGGAACAAGGGGACGCUACAAGAGAAAAGGGCUAUUUGGCUUAUUACGAGAUCUGCGAAGCUCUGAAACCUAAAAGCAAGAAACGCGCCAUCGACUCCGACGAAGAAUAUUCUGAAGAAGAGGAGGAGCAGGAAGACGAAGAAUGGACGGUGAUGCAUCCGAACCCUAACGCUAUGGGACCUAUAGCCUUCAAGGGGAACCAAUGGGUCGGCUAUGAUGACAUAGAUAUUGUUAGGAAGAAGGCGGAAUAUGUGGCUGAAAAUGGUCUUGGAGGUAUAAUGUUCUGGUCCAUCGACAACGACGACUUCAGGGGGACAUGUCACAGUAAACCGUACCCUCUAAUCGAAGCCGCUAAAGAAGCGUACAUACAGAAACUUGAAUCAUCGGACAAUGUCAUCAUAACAGAGAAGCCGAGUUCAGUGAGCCGCACCAGCAACAGGAGGAAGAACCGACCGAAGACCAUCAAAACCACCACCACGACUACCACUACCACAGAGAAACCCACCACAACUAGGAGCAACAAACGCAAGAGCUCCAGCACGACGCCCGCGUGGGGUCUCGUCACGCCGUCCCCCCCGACCACCCCCGACCCUGGUUCAGACUUCAAGUGCGUUGAUGAAGGCUUCUUCCCUCACCCUCGCGACUGCAAGAAGUACUUCUGGUGCCUCGACUCCGGACCCUCGGACCUUGGCAUCGUCGCUCAUCAGUUCACGUGUCCAUCAGGACUGUACUUUAACAAAGCGGCCGAUUCGUGUGACUUCGCCCGGAACGUCCUCUGCAAGACCGCCACCACCACGAAGGCCCCCACCACCAGGGCUCCCACUACCAAGCCUCCCACGACAAAGACCACCGUCACCACGACGACCACCACCACUACCAGGAAACCAAUUAAGAUUAGCACGAGGAACUCCCUGCUGUUCCGAACUACCACCACCACAACCCCGGCGCCUGAACCUGAGAGCGAUGAGGAAUACCAAGAUGAAGUCUCAGAAGACACGUUCGAUGACGCCGAGGAUCCGAAAGUCAUCAAGGAACUUAUUGACCUCAUCAAGAAAGUCGGUGGCAUUGAACAGCUGGAGAAACAAUUGCACCUGUCAGAAGCGUCGGCCAGCACCGACGGCGCGAGCACCACCACUCCCUCAUCUUUCAACAAGAAGCUUUACCAGAAAGUUCUGGAGAGAACCCGUGGGAAGAAUAAGUACAGCCAAAACAGCGUCUUCGAGAACAAUCGGAGAGCGCCGCAGAGUCAGGGCGGGGAGCUCGCCGCCGACGGAGACCAACUGCCGCGGAAGGACCGACCACAGUACGUGACCAUCAAUCGACAACGAUCAUCAACAUCGACCACAGCUGAACCAGAGAGCGAGUAUUCGGAAGAAGAGGAGGAAGAUGAAGAAGAAAUUCCGGAGCCCAUCAGAGCCAGACCGGCUGAGUCGUCGGGCAGAGUGGGAACGACGGCAAAACCACUGCAGUAUGUUAAUAUCCGGAGAGGCAGACCCACCGCCGCUACCUCAGAGCCCGCCGAUGAUACAGCUUCCAGAAAUGCUCUGUUUGAACGCCAAGAGCCGGCCGUGACGAGCUCGCCAAGUAAACUGGACGUUCUGAACGCACGUAAAGAGAACCUUCCCGAAUACGUCACCAUGAGACGCCAGCGACCGACCACAGAGGAGACCACGACAGUACAAUACCAAGCUGAAGAAUCAGAAGAAGAUUCACGUCAAACUGCAUUGGAGAGAGAAAUAUCUUCUCAACCACAAUACAAUUCUAUAAUUCGUACUCGCUCUACAACUUUUGCGCCAGUCGAAGAAUCAACUAGUCCCAUACCCUUUACAUCAAGAGCUCGGUCCACAACCCUCCCUCCAGUUGAAGAACCCAGCAGUCCUGAACCCACUACAGUUCUCACUGUCCAAAUAUCCUCUCUGAUCAAUUCUCUAAACUCCGAAAUCGAUUACCCCGUACCUGAAACCACAUUGGCCCAAGCUACUGAGCCUGCAGAAGCUCCUACGACAACAAGCACAACGGUCACUACCACCACCACAACGACAACGACAGCGGCGCCUUCGUCCAUCCCACCACGUAGAACAGUUCUUAGGAGACGAGGCUCCACAUCUACCACCACCACCACCACUACUGCAUCAACUCCUGUGUCCUCAACUCAGGUGAGUCCAAGGAAUUACGCUUUCCGCCGUCGCCGGCCGCUAGCAAGUCAAAACGAAAUUUCUUCUGAAACUGAAGAAGACGUUUUGCUGUCACGUAAAAUUAGGUCAACAACUCCUGACAGUCGGGAGGUAGACAGGGCUAAGGCAAACAGAGAAACUGGUAGGAGAUAUAGAAGUAGGUUCCAAGCACGAGCGUUGCAAAAUGAAGACUCAAUACCUGCUGCAGCUUCUCCUGUAUCGAGUAUAAACACAGACGAAGUUGCAUCAUUGACACCUGUUGACAUAGAAACUCAAGUAGAACCUCGGAAGAGUUUCACUCCGAGGUUUGAACGUCGUUUUCGCGGUAGAACAACUGUGGCUGAAGCGAUAGCAGACAGCGAAGCAUCGGCAGCAACAGUGGAAGUCAGACGACCUGAUUUUGCGUCCAGAGGUCGUAGCAGAUUUACACUUAAUUCAACCACUGAACCAGCCUCCCAAGCUUCGGCCACAAGUUCGACAGCUGGACAGAGGCGGCCCACAUUUGGACGGUUAACUCCAAGGCCUUUCGCUCGGACUACUUCCACAACUGUAACGCCAGAUGAUGAUUACAACGACGAAGUCGAACCAGUCACUUCUAAAACUCCAUCACGAUUAGCUUUUGGAAGAAAUCGACCUUCAGCAAUACCUCGAACUCCUUUAAUCCAAGCUAGAAAACUACCAUUCCCAACACGUCAAUCAACAACGCAGAAACCUAUCGAUAAAGAAAACGAAGAUUAUGAUGAAACUGAAACAAAAAAUGAUGACAUAACUCUAUCAGAAACGACUAUAGAAGAAAAAGAAGUUAAUGAAGAAAAUACUGAAGAGACGCCAAUACGAAGGGUUAUCAUUAAAAAAGUCAAAACUCCAGGAUCUACAGAUAAUUCAGAAGCAAUUCCUGUUGAUGAGUCGGGAAGAAAACGAUUUAGGAUAAUCCGAAGAAAACCAAUAGCAACAACAACUACACCUGAAAUCGAUGAAGUCAUAACUUCAACAGCAGCUAUACCAAGGAUUCGAAAGAUAAUUCGUAAGAAAAUAAAACCAGUUGAAAAAGAACCAAAAAUAGCAACAACGGCAUCUAUAGACGAUCAUACUCCAGAACCAUUAGUUAACUAUGGAGAGAAAACUAAAGCAACAACUGAAUCAGCAUUUACAAAUUCGCCUACAAAACUUGAAACAGAAGGUACGCCUGAACCGAUUACACUAACCGUAAAUGAUGAACAGAUUAAUCGUAACGAAGAUACUGAAAAUCUUAAAGAUGAUGAAAAAGAAUUGAAAACUGAAAUUGUUAAAACGAACGAUACACCACAAGAAAUUCCUAGAAAACCGGAAACUACAACUAUAAAACCAGAAAACAAAGAGCAAGAUGAAAAUAGUACAAAUGAUUAUGAAAAGGCACUUGAAAUAACAAGUACAACACCUACUGUUCCUGCUGCAGAAACAAAAUUAGAUGAAACGGAACAAACAUCUCUUUAUAUUUCUGGUAACGAAACCAUAUCUGUAGAUGCCACGACUAUAGCAUCAUCAGACUUAUUAGUGGAUUCCAUUACCACCGUAUCUGAAGAAAACCUACCAGAAACUACAACAACAAGUACAACUCUAUCAACACCGUCGUCUUCGAUCCGUACAAGGUUACCUUACAGACCACCUAAACGCCUAUUUACAUCAACAACUGCAGCAGCCACUAUCGCAAGCAGUAGAAUAUUCAGCCGCAAGUAUAACCCCGGCGUUUACACCAGCCCUUCUACAAUUGAACGGGAACCGUUUAGACCAUCAGGUAGAAGACCGUUCUCUUCUAAAGUUUUCACGAGGAAACCAUUCACGACCGUCAGUACAACGCCGAAAGAAGAGGAAUAUGAGGAAGAAUACACUGACGAUGAAGAACUUUUGGAAGAGGAGCCUGAAAAUCCAUUUGCUUUCGUUCCGUCCAGUCAACUAUUUACUAGGAAACCAGAGGAGGAUGAAGAGGAAACUUUAGACGAAGAAGACGAAUCAGAGGAAAUUUUAGACGAAGAAGAAGAUGUUGACGAAGCUAAACCAGUAAAUGUGUUCUCGUCUACCACUAAAAGAACGCCAUUCAAGCCCAGACUUAUAAAUUCGAAUACAUUCCGAACAACGACGUCAACAACUGAGCUACCCAGACCCAGUCUAUUUGGUUCUUCGCAAAAUCGAAGCGGUGUCUUUACUAGAUUUGGAAGCCCUAAGCCUUCUAAUGAUACAAAAAAACGAGUACAAAAUGUUCCGAUCGGUUACAAUAGUCCCGUCUCUAGUCCAAAGCCAAGUAUCGAAGUUGCACCUAAAAACGAAAAUCAACCGUCUACAGAACUAUCACAAGAUAUUAAUACUACAACAAUUUCUAGUAUAACAGAGACCGACUUUACCACUGACAUUGACGAUGAUUAUUUAUCAGCAACAGAAACUGCGAACACUACAUCGGACUUAAAUAGAUUCAGUGAUCUCGUGACGAAUGUUAUGGAAAAUGAAACAACGACUCAACUAAUGGAAGUAAUGACAGACACAGAUGAUUAUUUAGAAGACACAACAAUAAUCCAAACAACUGUUCCAGAGACUACAAUUACCACACAAACCGGACCUGUAUAUGAACCUCCUGUAUUAACCAGUACUGCUAAAUCAACUACUUUAUCGACUACUAGCGAAAUGACUCCUGAAACUGCUUCAACUGCAGCUCCUAUUGUUAAGACGCAAUUCGAUAAAUUAUUCUCCAUAAGCAGAGUAGUUGAGGUGUCAUCCAAAUUAGAUAAGCACCGUGUAAAUAAAAACAAUGAAACAACACGGAUUGAAGAAGGAAAAAUUGUUGUGGAAAAACAACCAGUUGUUGACAAAAUAGGGGAGGUUAGCAGAUUUAGUCUUAUUAAAAUUGUCGAAGACGAAAUACCUAUUUAUUUGACUAGGCUUGGUCAUGUCUAUCCAGUAGCAAAUCCACCUGACAACCCGAUCCGAAUUGAUGAAGCACGAAACGCCAGAGCUUUGAAUUAUUUCGAAAUACCAAGGGAAAAUCUAGUAGCUUCCGAGAGUAUAAACGAAGCAUAUAGACAUAACAAGGAUAUCACUGACAAAGAUCGCGUGGAACAUUUACAGCAAGAUGACUUUCUAAGUUACGUAAAUGAAGAUAAAAAUGACGACAAAGAACAGGACGAGACCUACACUCAAUGGCAAUUUGUGCCGGCUGCUUACGAAACUGAAAAACAAAAGACAGCGAAAAAUUUCGAAAUAGUUACACCCCGAUCAAUGCACACGUAUCCAUCAACUUUACCCUUAGAAGGGCUUUUUAAAACCGAAACACCAACUGCGAGGAAAGUAAUUAAUGACCCAAACCAACCGUUUGUGGUUUAUUCGGCCCCAGCUGCAACUGAAGAAGACACAGUCAAUAUAGUUAAGCUCAAGGUUUUAAAGCCAGAGACUGGACGCAGCAUUAUAACGUUUGCGAAAGGUCAACAAUUCAGCGGUGCGCCUACUACAGAAGAAUCCACAGUAAAAUAUCCAAUCAAUAUUUCGAUUUUGCCCAGUCCAGAGGUUUCUACUACACCAGCAGAUGUUUCCACGACGAGCACUACAACUGAAUCCGUUGAAAGAUUGAUUACUACUAGUCCGUUAAUAGAUUUACUAGUCACCCAAAUGGUAACCGAAGCUACUACGACAACAACCGCUCCUCCAAGUACAAUCGUUUCCACAACAGAUGCAACUUCAGCAACAGAAACGAUCACAGAAGAAACAACAACAUCGUCCGCUGUUGAUAUUAAAAAGGGUAAAUUUGCAUUUCCAAGAAGACCAAUAAUCAAGCCGUUGAACUUCACGAGGCCCGCUCCGAGAUCGACAAAAAAAGUUAACGCAACACAAUCAGACAAUUCGAUUCAGAAAACGAAUAAGACGGCCACUUUUACGCCAUUAAAAUCCAGGUUUUCGUCUAGCAGAAAACAAAAUGUACCAAUAGACGUUAAGAAGAAAACGGGAGACAUAAAACCAACAACAAGGUCAUAUACAACCGAAACACCAAGAGCUACAACGGAAAGGAGAGUUUUCAUAAAAUCUUUAAGACCCGGCUUCCAAAGACCGGCUUUUGUACCGAGAAAAACUACAGCCACAACACAGAGCAGUGGCGACACUUAAGUGGUUUUUCCAUUUUACAUUGUUUAAGUUUUAUUGGUUACAACCAGUUUCUCUGGCCAAAGCUACCCGACUGAUUUCUAAAAUGAUGGAAUAAAAACAUCUUGCAGUGUUUGGGUAUCUAUUCUGAAUUAUCCGUUAUAAAAUUGGAUGUCUUCAUUGACUUAUUCCGUCAACGUUUCCAUUAUAGUCAUUAACACUUCGAAUAGCUUUAACUUAGGUAUUGUUUACGAUUUUUACCAAAAAAAAUGUAUAUUCUAUGAAAUUUAUCUAAAUAUUUGGUAAAAUACAAGACAUUAUUAA